AUUUUAACCGCACCCCGGUUCCAGGAUAAUAAAGGUGUCAAAUCACCAAGACCCGGCGCUGGAAAGGAUUGCAAACCAACCGGUUCCUGCGACAAAUACCGUAUAAUCGAGAAAACAGGCGCACGCUUAGCGUGUACUUCGGUACGCGCUGUUUCCCGAGAGAGAACAAAAAAAUGCUUUUCAACUGUUUUCGUCAUCUUUUUUCAAAAAAACAGCCUCCCACACGGAAUAUACACACGGAUGAAGGCUAUAUUUGCAUCCUGAGCCAUUCUUAAAAAAAGUCACAGUCCACAAACGUUCAUUAAUCAGUAACAAAAAUGAGAAUACGUUAAAAGGAUGUCAAGCUGGUGCAUUAGUAUAUCUCAGAGAAACCGGAGAGGAACGGGAAAUCAAAACAAGGUAAAGGAGAUCGUCCAAAUCAAGCUGAAGCUCUAACGGAUAACGACACAGAACGUCUGUACAGCGCCGAAACACCACGUUUAAAAAAACGCAUCUGCUAAUAUCGGAAUUGCAUUAACAUUAAAGUCUAUGGGACAGGAUUAGAUCCUGGGAAAAUGAUGUUAUUAUAUAUAAUAUAUAUACACUUUAUCACGUUGCUUUAGCGCGGCUAUACGGUAAUGAGGCGGCUUUGACAGCACAACGAGUGACGUCACUCUUUUGAAGCAUUUCGCUGGCCGUUCCCUUCCGUGUUAUUUACAGCUGUACGAAACAAACACGGGUCGCUGUUCUUUUUGAACUGCCCAGCCCAGCAGUGCUUUAUAUUUCCCUGUCGUUGUAAGAAAGAAGUCGGCUUCCAUCAGCAAUGCACCCCCAAGGACUGAUUUUCAGACAGCUGUUCGAGAAGCAGAGCUGCACGUACUCUUACCUCCUCGCGGACGACACCACGAAAGAAGCCCUGAUCAUCGACCCCGUGCUGGAGACGACGGAGAGGGACCUGAGAGUCAUACAGCAGCUGGGACUGAGGCUGCUGUACGCAGUUAACACUCAUGUUCACGCUGAUCAUGUGACCGGUUCCGGCUGUUUGAAGACAGCUAUCCCAGAAUGCCGCAGCGUGCUGUCGGAAGCCAGUGGCGGACAGGCCGAUAUUCACGUGAAAGAGGGCCAGGCUCUGAAAUUUGGCCGUUUUGCCCUCUCAGUCCGCUCCACUCCGGGUCACACUGAUGGCUGUGUCACGCUGGUCCUCAACGACCUGAGCCUGGCCUUCACUGGAGACACACUGCUGAUAAGAGGCUGUGGAAGAACUGACUUCCAGCAGGGGAGCUCUGAGACUCUGUAUCAGUCGGUUCACCGGAAGAUCUUCACUCUCCCAGAUCACUGUCUGCUGUACCCUGCUCAUGACUACACAGGACAGACAGUGUCGUCGGUGGGAGAGGAGAGAAAGUUUAACCCCCGACUGACCAAAACGCUCUCCGAAUUCGUGGAGAUCAUGAACAACCUUGCCCUGCCCUACCCCAAACAAAUCGGUGAGCAAGAGAGACCAGCAGACCAGCUCUAGUUUGGGGCUCUAGUGCCUUCAUCAGCGUGAUUGAAACUAAACUGAGUCCAGC